AUGUAUAGCGGGAUAUCAACAUCAUAUGUUCCUCUAUUCAGUCAUACAUGGACAUGGACAUACAGUUAUACCAACAGUUGUGCAGCGCCGCCUUAUUCGUGUAAACAAUCAUUCGACGUACCAGUACCACUCGCUUGUGUACAAAAACUAACACGACUUGUCACUUCCCCAUUAUUACUAUGCAGUGCUUAUAAAACCAUUAAACUACUCGUUUUCCGCGUUCAACUCGUAUAUUGCAUGGGACACGGAUCCACAUGUGAUGAGAAACAAAAUAUUCCCAGCCGUGGAUUAUUUACAUGCUAUAGGUUCGCACUGCAGUUAAUUUUUUCUUUAAAACAUUUGUAG